ACAACCAGACCCGGGCUACAUCUUGUCUUUGAAGCACCAGGCCGGCAGCCCUGUCGGGACCCAGGCAUCUCCCCCGGCACCGAAACCCGGCGCUACAUCAAAUAAAGCUCACAGCGUCGCCAUCGCACUUCCCACAACAGUCCCGGCCUUUACAUCUGCAGUUCGGCGGCUCGAACGAAGCUGUAACUCUGGGCGGCGGCAGCACCGCCUGCGCGUUCACCCACAGCGCCGCGGGCCGGCGGCCGUUGCCGACGUGAAUUUAAACCCGGGCGGCGGGCGGGAGCCGGGGGAAGGUGGUGUCAUGUCGGCCGGGCCGCUGAGGAUACUUGCUUGUGGCGAUGUUGAAGGGAAAUUGAAUGUAUUGUUUAACAGAGUACGAUCAAUUCAAAAGAAAAGUGGAGAUUUUGAUCUACUACUAUGUGUAGGAAACUUCUUCGGAACAACAGAAGAGGCAGAAUCAGAAUGGGCUGAAUAUAAAUCUGGAGCCAAGAAAGCUCCAAUACAAACUUGUGUAUUGGGUGCCAAUGCUCAAGAAACCACAAAAUAUUUCCCUACUAUAGAUGGAUGUGAAUUGGCAGAGAACAUUACAUAUUUAGGUCGGAAAGGUAUUUUUACAGGAGCGUCAGGUUUACAAGUUGCUUACUUGAGUGGUACAGAAGCCCAGAAUGAUCCUGCACCUGCUUACUGCUUUACCUCUAAUGAUGUGACAACGUUAAAGACGUCAUUAACUGCUAGCUCCAAAUUCAAGGGUGUGGAUAUCCUACUGACAUCACAGUGGCCAAAAGGAGUAUGGCGUUAUGGAAACAGUCUGGAAGAUGUUGAUACAAAAUUAUGUGGCUCUGUUGUCGUAGCAGAUCUUGCAUCUACCUUAAAACCCAGAUAUCAUUUUGCUGCAUUGGAAGGAGCUAAUUAUGAAAGAUUACCUUACAGAAACCAUGUGAUACUACAGGAAAAUGCACAGCACGUCACCAGGUUCAUAGCACUGGCAAAUAUCAGCAAUUCUAGUAAGAAAAAGUACUUGUAUGCAUUUAAUAUCAUACCCAUAAGUUCCAUGGAUCCAACCGAAUUAGUGAAACAACCUCAAGAUGUCACGGAAAGUCCAUACAAGAAAAUGGCCAAGGAAUUUCAAAGAACAAAAUUGGGGGAAUCUGCAUCUGAGGAUGCUCAGUUCUUCUUUGACUUGAGCAAACGAGAGGGAAAGAAAAGAUCCUCUGGAGAAGGAGGACCUCCAUCUCAUCAAUCAAAACAGCCCCGAAAGCCACCUAAGCCAACAAGCCCUUGCUGGUUCUGCCUUGCUAGUCCUGAGGUAGAAAAGCACCUGAUAAUCAGUAUCGGUACACAUUGUUAUAUUGCCCUUGCCAAAGGUGGCUUAUCCCCUGAUCAUGUACUUAUUUUGCCCAUUGGACAUUAUCAGUCAGUGGUAGAGCUUCCUUCAGAAGUCAUUGAAGAAGUAGAGAAGUGUAAAUUGGCUUUGAAGAAGUUUUACAAGAGCAUUGGAAAAAGGUUUGUAAUGUUUGAAAGGAACUACAGAAGUCAACACUUGCAGCUACAGGUGGUUCCUGUCCCAUUUCAGUGUUGUACUACUGAUGAAAUUAAAGAGGCUUAUAUUGUACAAGCAGAGGAACAACAGAUGGAGCUCUUGGAAAUCCCUGAACAUUCUGAUCUCAAGCAAAUAAUUCAACCUGGAUCAGCAUAUUUCUAUGUUGAACUGGACAGUGGCGAGAAGUUAUUCUACCGAAUAAAGAAACAAUUUCCUUUGCAGUUUGGAAGGGAAGUUUUGGCAAGUGAAGCUGUUCUGAAUAUACCUGAUAAAGCAAAUUGGCGAGAAUGUAAAUAUAGCCGAGAAGAUGAAGAAGGAUUUGCCAAGACUUUCAGAGAGGGUUUUCAACCAUAUGAUUUUUCCUUGCUUGAUUAAAUUGGAUUUAUCUUGUUUAUUGUGAAUGCUUUCAACAACAUUGGUCAAUGUUUCUCUGAAAUUUACCCAUUUGAGAGGAAUUAUUCCAGGUGCUAUAACUUUGAUACAGAUAUAUUUUCAAUCACAGAACUAUACAUGUGCUGUUAUAGUUGACUUUGAGAGCAAUUGUGUAUAUCAAAGGUCAGUUUGUAAAAUAUAAUAAAGGUGAAUCUCAUUUUUCCUAAAUGAGCUUUACAACUGUAGUUUCUUUUCAGAAUUCAGCACCUUGUGUGUUUACUAAUAUAAAUAAUUCUAUGGAACUGUUUUUAAAAGCUGUCAUUUGAAAUUAUUGGCUUAAUGUGAUUCUGGAAAUUGCAGUUUUACGUAAGUGAUAUUUGGAUGUAUUUUUACAAUUUUUUAAUGAAACAAAUUAGUUUUUUAGGGAGUAUGUUUACACUUUGUGCAGUAGAUUCACUGGUGUAUUUUCCUCUUGUAAUUUUGAUGUAAUAAAAAUCCAUUAGUGAUUUAUUUUCCAGGAUCAGUGCUACUAUCUGUGUGUGUGCUGUAUGUUAUGUGUGCAUGGUGUAUGUUAUGUUUGAGCAGAUUUCCCAUGAUUUUUCAUUUGAUGGAUCUCUAUAUAGCUCUAAUAGCCAGUGUUAAUUUGCUCACCACUAAUGUUUGUAACAUAUUGGAGAAAUGUUUGAAUGUUAUCCACACAUAACUAUAAUAUGACAUUCAUUUUUACUGUUUACAUGAAAAAAUAUAUUGCAUUCCAAAAAUGGACUUGAAAUAGAGUGAAAGAAUGGAACAUGCUUUCAUUGCUCAUAUAAGUUAAGGAUAGACACAUUAAAUCCAAAUCAAAUAGUCACAUGUAAAAACUGAAAUUGAUCAGGUGUUUUUUUUCCAUAUACAUCGAUGGGAACCACUUGUUCCUUUGUGAUCUCUAAUCUAGUAGGUGAUGCAUUGUUCAAAUGAUAAUCCAACUUCAAUGAAGAUAUCCCGACCUAUUUACCACCAGUAUACAGUGCAAGUGUUAGCACUAAAAUUACCUGCAAGAAUACAACUUGAAUUUAAUGUUGAAGGGAUCAGAAAGAAAAUAGGUACCUAUGGUACUGACUCUUGGUUGUUUUUCUAUAGCAACUGCCACAUGAUGAAUUAUUAUUUUGAUUGCCAUUGG